GCAUCCACGAUGGAUAAAGGAUUGAGUUGCACCGGUCCGGUUGUCCAGGUGUGUUUUCCCAACGUGCGAGCACAGGUGCUGGACAACCUGAAUCGACAGCGAGAAGAAGGCCGACUGUGUGACCUGUCCAUCCAGGUCCAAGGCCAAGUGUUCAGGGCACAUCGAUGUGUGCUAGCGGCUUCUUCACCUUACUUUCACGACCAGGUGCUGCUGAAGAACGUGAGCACGGUGUCCCUGCCGUCCGUAAUGGACCCGCUGGCUUUUGAGAGCGUCCUGAACUCGGCCUACACGGGUCAGCUGAGCAUCGUGCGCGACGACAUCGUCAACUACGUGACGGUGGCCAGCUUUCUGCAGAUGUGGCACAUCGUGGACAAGUGCACGGAUAUCCUCAAAAGAUCACGACCUCUGACCCAGGCCAGCCCGGGCGUCGAGCCGGGCAACUCCACUCACCAGAGUCCCAGCAGCUCCGAUUGCUGCCUGAACGAAUCGGAGGAGCGGAAAAAGCCCUUCGGGGGGAAACAUGGCCCGCUCCCACCUCUGGCCACCUGGAGGAGGCCGCAACAGUUGCCUCAGCAUGGGAAAUGGGGCCGAUCCAGGCUCUUUAUGCCCCCCCAGCACAGAGCCGAUUCCCCUCCGGUUAAUUUCGGGGAGGUGGAGCGGCCGUAUAGCCCGGAGGCCGUGAACGAGAGGCGCAACUGGAUGCGAUCCCGCCUCCGGGGGACGCAGGAGGGCAAGGAACGAGGGAUGAGGGAGGCAGAUGAGGUGGAAACCAGGAGAGGGGAGAGGUGGAUGGAGGCGGACGAAGGUGUGGGAGAGGAAUCCGAGUUGGAGGAGGAGGAGCGGCGGGUCGGAGCCUGUGGCCCAGAGGCAGCUCUUAAAAAGGAGGUUGAGAGAUUGGGAGACAGGGCAGAGAAAGAGAAAAAUCAGGAGGAAGGGUAUUCGGCCAAUCGGGACACACAAGAAGUCCUCCCUGCUGCACGGGUCCAGUGGCAGCCGGCGGCUGUCUGGUCAGCGGGCUUAUGCCCUCAGCCUGGCGGCAAGUUUACCGAGGAACGUCCUGGAGCGACAGAUGCUGAAGGGAUAGUCUUUGGUUGUUUUGCUGAAGGAGGUUUUGAGGGAGAAACUUACGAUGAGAUCGAGGAUGGGACAGGACAAGUUUCCCAAAGGCCUUUGCUACCCGUGUCGCCUGGCGGUGCCAGAGGACCGGAAUUCGUCCUGGGUCCCUCGGAGCUCACCUGGACUCCAGGAGUGCUCUCAUCCCCCUCGCAUAUGCCCUCCCUUCCUCCCUGCUCCUCUCCGGUCCCGUCCUCCUCGUCUCCGCCCUCCCACUCGCCCUACGCCGGCAAGGUGCACUUCUGCCACUGCGGUAAAGCCUUCACCCUGAAGAGCAUGCGAGACCGCCACGUCAAGAUGCAGCACCUGAACCUGCGACCCUUCGCCUGCCCCGUCUGUGCCAAGAGCUUCAAGAUGAAGCACCACCUGACCAAGCACGUCAAGACGCACGGCGCCCUGCGCCCCUACGAGUGCGCGUUCUGCGGCAAGAAGAUCAUCUGGAGGGACAGUUUCCUCAAACAUCAGACCCGCUGCCAGCGCCUCGCCAACAGAUCGGCCGGUACAAGCAGGUCCAGCGAGGAAAGGUCAGGGCAGGACGAGCCGGAGUUUGAGUAUGGUGGUCAGGUGAAGGUUGAGCAGGGGGAAGGGCUAGCUGCAAGAGUGUCUAGGCAGGACAGAGCUCAAAUAGAGCAAGUUCUGAAGGAGGAGGAUGGAGUAGGGUACAACUAGAUUAGAAUAAUCAAGGUUUUUAAACAUGCUAGGCAUGUUUAAUUGCCUGGUACAGGUGAGCUAAGGUGAGUACACUUACUUUCAGACCCUGAAGAUGGUUUCCUACUUGUCUGAGAUUACCGAUGAAGCUUCUAGGAUCAACACAGAGCUAGACGUGAUCUUCUAGUAAGAAUCGAGGUUGGAAAUCUAUAUAAGUAAGUUUGGUUUGAAGGUAAGUGGGGAAAAUUUAAGUAUUAGGGUGGAGCAAGAUCAAGUUUAGGUUCAGAUACCAGAAGAAGAACUUGUGGAUAUAAAAGACGUUUGUGUUCUCCAUCAGCUUUUAAAAACAUGUUCUCCAGAUGUGUCUUCUGAUUAUGAGACAGCAAGACUAUGAAGAUGAGACCAUGUGUGGAAGAUACGGCCCUUUUAGAAAUUUCUAUUCAUAAAUGGGAAGAAGACCUCUACAGUUUUAAGAACAUCCCUGUUUUGCUUAUUGUGGAAGUUCUUCUCCUCUGGACAUUACAGCAUACAUUUCAGGAGCAGCUUUUAAAAGAAUAUAAAAGACGUUUGUGUUCUCCAUCAUCUUUUAAAACAUAGUCUCCAGAUGUGUCUUCUCAUGAGACAGCAAGACCAUGUAAAUGAGACCAUGUGUGGAAGGGACGGCCCUAUUGGAUGCCCUAUAAGAAAUUUAUAUUCAUGAAUGGGAAGAAGACCUCUGUAGUUUUAAGAUCAUCACUGUUUUGAGUUGUUUUGGCUGCUAAGCAUGUGCAAAUUUACUGUUGUUUUAUUACAUAUAAAAGCGACUCUCAAAUUGUUUUCUACUGUCUGCAUUAGUGCUCUCUUCUGGAUGCAAAAUAGCGUCUACACCUUAAGGAUUUACCUGCCUACCUAUAUUUAUGGUUUAACCUAACAGUUCUGUGAUUUAUUUUCUAAUAAAAAUGAAAUGGGGGAGAAAUUUUGGGAUAUUUUGUGUUAGUUAAAAGCACC